AUGUGCCAAGUGGAGUUUGAACUGGCUUGCGCUGCGAUCAAGCAAUUGAAGGGUCCUGUGAGUGAUGAGGAGAAACUGCUGGUGUACAGCUUUUACAAACAAGCCACUCAGGGCGACUGCAACAUCCCUUCUCCUCCAGCCUCAGAUGUGAAAGCCAAAGCUAAGUGGGAGGCAUGGAAUGUGAAUAAAGGGAUGUCCAAGAUGGAUGCCAUGAGGAUCUACAUUACUAAAGUGGAGGAGCUGAAGAAAAAAGACACUGGAUGA